AUGUCAGAAGCGCAAUUCCUUUGCCAGCGUGGCGCCAGUGGCCUCAGCUGUGCUGAUACGGACGACUCCACGAACCAGUUCGCUCUUGUUCAGAACUGGGCUGCCACGACAACAGAAGUUUGGGCGAAGGAGGUACAGCAGGAGAUCAGAAGACAGAAGCGAAUCGAGACCUCACUUCGAUUUCGAGCACGGAAGAAGAAAGAGCUCGCGCAAUUACGAGCCGAACGCGAAUAUUUGGAACAGGAGGUGGAACGACGAGUAAAGGCGUUCUGGAAGUCCACCGCUAAUAGAGAGGUUAACUAUACCGUUCCAAGGAUCGAUGAAGAAGUCGUGAGAGCUGUAUGUCGCCUUGCUGUUGAGAGGGAUACGCUACGGACUGAGAAUAUCAAGUUUCAACAAAAAAUCGAGAUAUUCGAGCACUUUGUGAACCAGACGUACGAGGCCAUACAAGACACGUCCUCUCCAAAAAAGAAGAGCUCUGUCUCUCUGAGUGUUCGUAAGGCGAGCCAGACGGCUCCAUGGACUAUGCGUGUAGACCCCAAUGACUCUGGCUGGCGCGUGCACUUCCCAAAUGAAGAGCCGUCGUUCUACUUCACACCGUUCACUCGCGAAGAAUACGUCUCCAAGUUCAAUGUCUGUGAGGAGCUAAUGGCAAGAGAACUACCAUUUUCUUCGAUCAAAGGAAGACUUUUUGGCUGGACUGUACGCCAUGCACCACUAGUGCGAAGAACAGCAGAUAAUUCGUUUUUUGCUCACGCGAGGUUCUCGAUUCGAGUUGGCUGGGCUCUAGAAGAUGCCGACGCGUUCAUGAAUGCAGCGCCAGUGGAUGCAAUCGCUAUUCUCUACGUCGCUCCAGACGGGAGUCGUCCGCAGCGUGAUUUUGUGAUUAUGCAAGUGUUGGAGGAGUUUAACAGAGAUUCGUUCCUCAUGGUAUGCAACAUCCCUGGCCAAAAACACACACGGUACUUCCAGUUACCUCGAGGAGUUCCUGGUACUGAAGCUAAUGGAAGGCGCUCUAUCUCGUACCAAAUGGUUAUCGCAGACACUGAAGACAACAAAUUAAACCGUAUCGCUGAAGAAUCGCAGCAUGAUGUACAGUGGAUUAGUGAAGGUGGGAUAUGUAUGAAAUUUACUCAAGUUGACGAUACUACUAUCGACGUUACCUCUGACCAUUGGGCUAUUUGCGAGAGUGAGCGACACGUGCAGCAUUAUUUCGUUCUAUGGGCUGAAUCUACAUGCCAAUGGUCUCAGAAGGUGGUGCCACGGAAUCUGCUGGGCUCGACAUAGUCAUAUAACAAGAUAAUUGUUCAUUUAGAAGCGUAUCUAAAAGUAUAUCGGAAAA